GCGACGGCCCAGCCGGCAGGCGGCAGACAUGUGGAGCGCGCUCGUCGCCCGCAUCUGGCGCGGCAGCAGCUGCCAGCAGCAACAGCAGCAGUCGCAGACGUCGCUUCACGGCAAUGGCUCCGUGCUCAACUGCGAACAGCAUGCGGCGACAGAGGUCAGCGCCGAGCAGGUGUCGGCUUUCCUGCGGACGCACUCGGACUUCCUGGAGCGCUACGUGCUGGAGGAGGUGGAGCUGGAGCAGCUGGAACGCUGGAUGAUCCGCAGCACGCAGCGCGCCAAGGCGCGGGCCGACCCCUCCAACCAGGCCAGUAAAAACGGGAGGAAGACCAGUCUCUCACGAUGGAAGUUCUGCGUGCACGCGGACAAGCGGCAGAUGCUGCAGGAGCUGACGCGGUCGCUGCAGCAGCGGCCCACCAAGGGCCACGUGCUGUGGGAGUUGGCCGGCUGCAUCUGCUCCGCCGUGGGCGCCGACGGCUACCGCCUCUACCUGGCAGACCGCGGCGACCCUGACCUGCUGGGCCUCUACCUGGGACAGGACGACAGGAGCGAGAGCGGCGAGCCCAAGGUGCAGCGGCUGGCGGCGGGCCCCGCGGCGCCGACGUUCGUGGCCAAGGCCAGGGAGCCGCUGCGGCUGUCGCGCGGCGAGCACGACCCGCGCUUCCCCGACGGCUUCCCCCUCAAGGGCCAGAACGACGUGGGCCACGUGCUGUACCAGCCCGUGCUGCAGCCGGACGGGCAGCUGGUGGCCGUGCUGGAGAUGUGGCGCUCACUGCCGGGGCUCGCCUUCCACGAGGAGGACGAGGAGAUCGCCUCCAGCUACCUGGUCUGGGGCGGCAUCGCGCUCCACUACGCACAGCUCUACCUCUCCAUGAACAAGCAGCGCAAGCUCAACGACUUCCUGCUCGCCGUCGUCAAGUCCAUCUUCCAGGACAUGGUGAGCAUGGACGCGCUGGUGAUGAAGAUCAUGAACUUCGCGCAGCGCCUGGUGGACGCGGACCGCGCCUCGCUCUUCCUGGUGGACAGCAAGAGCAAGGAGCUGUACGCGCGCAUCUUCGACGUCGGCGUCUCCAGCGGCGACGAGGACGGCGACAGCAACCUCUCCGACUCGGGCGACUCCGUGCUCAAACCGCCGGCGUCCAAGGAGAUCAGGUUCCCCGUGGGCACGGGCAUUGCGGGCCAAGUGGCGCUCACGGGGGAGGUGCUCAACAUCGCCGACGCCUACUCGGACCCGCGCUUCAACCGCACCGUCGACCAGAUCACCGGCUACCACACGCGCUCCAUCCUCUGCAUGCCCAUCUUCAUCCGCGGCAACAUCAUCGGCGUCGUCCAGAUGGUCAACAAGCACACCGGAACCUUCACCAAGGAGGACGAGGAGGCGUUCGAGAUGUUCGCCGUGUACUGCGGGCUGGCGCUGCACCACGCCAAGCUGUACGACAAGAUCGCGCGCUCCGAGCAGAAGUACCGCGUGGCGCUCGAGGUGCUGAGCUACCACAACACGUGCGGCGAGGCCGAGGUGCAGCAGGUGCGCGAGCGCGGCAUCCCGGACGCCAUGCCCGGCGUCGACGAUUAUUAUUUCAACGUGUUCAAGCUGGAUGACUACGAGAAGGCGCGCCACGCUAUAUUCAUGUUCAAAGACCUGUUCGGGCUGUCUUCGUUCGAUUGCGAUAGUCUCAUCAGAUUCACGUUGACCGUCCGGAAGAAUUAUCGCCGUGUGCCCUACCACAAUUGGACUCACGGUUUCUCCGUCGCAAACUCAAUGUACUCCAUCAUGAAGCACUCGAGGGCUGCCUUCAAGCACAACGAGUGUCUCGCCUUGUACAUUGCUUCGCUGUGCCAUGACUUGGAUCAUCGUGGGAAAAAUAACAAGUUUAUGUUGGACACAGAAUCGCCGUUAGCUGCCAUCUACAGCACGUCCACCAUGGAACAUCAUCAUUUUAAUCAAACAGUUACCAUUCUGCAGCAGAAAGGCCACAAUAUAUUCUGCAAGCUGUCCAACAGUGAUUACAAGCAAGUGUUGAGCCUCAUGAAGCACUGCAUACUUGCAACAGAUCUCGCUGUCUUCUUCCCUAACAGAACAAGGCUAUCGGAAAUUGUAGCCGAUCAGACAUUUUCUUGGACCAAUAUGGAGCACAGGUUACUACUGCAGGCCAUUGCUAUGACGGCUAGCGACCUCUCAGCUAGUGCGAAGCCGUGGGAUCUACAAGUGGAGACUGUUAAAGUCAUUUUCGAGGAGUUUUAUGAGCAGGGCGAUGCUGAGAAGUUGGCGGGCCAAAUGCCCGCCCCUCUCAUGGAUCGCGACAAGAAAUGUGACCUUGCAGAAAUUCAGGUGGGAUUCCUGACCAGCAUCUGUAUACCAUGCUACUCCUUAUUGCACCAACUGAUACCAGAGACGAAACCUUUACUUGACCAAUGUCACGCCAAUUUGGCAAGAUGGCGAAAGAUUGAUGAAGAGGAUAAAUUACGUCGGGCGAAAGGUCUUCUGCAGCCAGUAAAUGAUAUUCUUCAAGGGCUCGCUUCUCAGGCAGCACCACCACCCCUUGCAAAUGACGAAAUGACGACCAGAAAUAGCGAUACUACCAACAAUACCUGAAGUGUAUGAUGAGUGGAAUACUGUAUGACACCCAUCAGAUGAGUCAUGAACAACAAACAAAAAUACUAAAGAAACAUCUUCAUCUUUCCAUGGUAAAUAAACUGUAAGAUGUCCUGAAUGUGGGCUUGAAUCUAUAAUUUUCUUU